AUGGAUCCCAGCCAAAAGGGGAUGGCGCGCUUUGUCACGAUAACCCCUGAUAUGAGCGAGGCUGUGAUACUGCACCUGCGGAACAACUUCUUCGCUGACGAGCCUCUAAACAAGGCAGUCUCCCUGUGCGAGAGGGGGGAGCCUCACGCGGCACUGGAGAGGCUCUGCGCCGUCACUAUCGCUGAUGGACUGUCCGUCGCUGCUGUUGAAGGAGAUACGUCUAUCGAGAAGAUCCAGCAAUCGUCUGAUGAGAAGUACAACAAGAUAUUCACCAUCCUGUACUCCGUCAGCCAGGAGCUGGACCUGUUCAAUACAUUUCAAGUGGACAAAAUUCUGGAAUGCCGAAUAAUCUCAGUGGACCAGCAGGCAAGGGGUCGCGGACUGGCCAAGGAGCUGAUGGCCCGCAGCAUAGAUAUUGCUAAACAAAAUGGAUUUAAGCUGUUCAAAGCGGAUGCAACAGGCGCAUUCUCGCAGCGCAUCUGCAGCUCUUUAGGCAUGGAAGUGAUCCGUACAGUCCGGUACGAUGAGUACCUUGACUCCUCCGGCACUCCCGUCUUCAAUGUCCCUCCUCCUCACGAGGCCCUCGCUAUUAUGGUGAGGAAACUACCCUGAAGGAAGAAAGAGAAAGGAUGAGUUUAAUAUGUAAUUUUAAAAUUUUGUUUAUUUAUUGUCGUGACUUGAGGAAAUGUUGCCAUUUGGUUAUUGUGUUCACACAUGUUAUGGCGUCAUCGCAAAGAAACGUAGUCAAAUGUCAUGACGAUUACCUACUAUUACUAAUCGAUCCUUAUGGCAUUCGACUGUCAUAAUGACAAUAAACAUCUCAUACGUUUUGCUUCGUGUCAUAGGGCAAAAUAAAAACAUUGUUACAUUGUUAGAGACUACGUCGUUGGCUGAGUGGUCGCAAGUGCGACUGCUGAGCAAGGGAUCUCGGGUUCGAUUCCCGGGUCGGGCAAAGUAUCACCGGGUUUGGAAAUUCUCAGUAGUAGCACGGAAUUUGAAAUUGUGUCCAGUAUAUGGCAAUAGGCUCCUAUUACAUGAGAUUCAUAACAUAAAUAGUGAAAAGUGGGUGUUAUUGUGUAAUGUGCACCUCUGCCUACCCCUUCUGGGAUAAAAGUCGUGAUGUUAUGGGUUAGAAUGUUAAAACCUCGUUUUUUUAGAUUGGCGCGCGAAUUACGAUACGCGUAUUAUACGAACUUGUGUUCAAAAGGGCUUAGUAUUUUUGGUUGACACUUGGAAUAAAUAUCUGUUACGUCACAUCUAGGUAAAAGUUUGAAAAGUAAAUGUAUACGUAGAUAUAAAGUGAUUUACUCAAAAAUAUUGUAAACUGAACCUAACGUAUAGGCACACAAGGUUUGUUAUUGUAGAAU